AGGACCUUAUGGUUCAAGCACGGCUUUCGUGCAAGCUCCAUGUAGUUUGACGGAUGCAUGUCCUGCUCUGGCAGCUUGUGGCCGCAGCGCUGGGGCAACGGAGCGGGGAGCGUGCGCUAGCGAGCUUAGAGGCCAGUGGCGGUGUGGUGCUGGAGCGACAGCCACCAGGUGCAGAUUCGCCGUUCUGCAGAACCCUGUGCAGCAAGUCGGACAUCGAGCAGAGAGGCCUGAAAACUUGCAAAGAGCUGGAUGAAUCUGAGUGCAAGACCUUGGGCUUCUAUCGCAAGAAGCCGCACAAUGAGUUUCGGCUUUGCAUUUGGCAGCCGCAAUGGAAAUGCACAGAGGAUUGGACGACCGUCUGCCUAUCUCGCAACCUUCAGUGUGGAGACCAUGGAAGUGCCGAGCCUUUGGAUGGCUGCCGUGCAUUCUGCUACAAGACGGACACCAGGAGUAUUGAUGCUUUCUGCCAUGAGCUCUCCGCAGCAGAAUGCUUGACUCAGCAGCUAUAUGAGACCGACGAGCAAGGCAACCGCAUGAUGUGCGAGAUGCGAGCUGGAACUUGUGUCGCCUCCCGUGAGAAGUGCCCUGCGGGGAAUGCAACUUGCCCUUCACCUGCUCACUUCUCUGAAGAGCAUGGCGAUCUGAAACCCAGUCGGGACAUGAUGUCCGUUUGUCGCUCCAUGUGCUACAAGACAAACACCGCAGUUUCUGGGCUAUCUUGCUCUGACCUGAGCAUGUUUCACUGCAGCAGUGCUCAAUUCUAUGAGAGCGAUGAGCUUGGCGUGCGCCGAGCGUGCGCCCCUCGUGGGGGCAAAUGUGAUGUUGACACUGAGCAGACUUGCUGGGAAUCAGCUCCGCUGUGUGGGAGCGAAGUCCAAGUUGCGCCGCCGAUUCCGAUGUCGCAUCGAGAUACCACGCAGCCUGCUACGACUCAGUCCACCACCUCUCUUUCGAUUGUGACUUCGCACACGACUUUGCCUGCCACGACUUUGCCUGCCACGACCUUGCCUGCCACAACUUCGAGCGACCAAACCUCUGUAAAUCGAGUCCCCCCUUUUUGCUUUACCCUGUGCGACAAAACAAACACUCGGAGUCUCAAUGCUUCAUGUGCAAAGCUGCCGGCUACAUCAUGCGAAUCAGGACAAUUCUAUGAAACUGAUCACGAGGGAAAGCGCAGACUUUGCCUUCAGGCUGGUGGCAGAUGCAAGCCGGACUCAUCCGCUGUGUGCGACGAGUGGCACCCACUAUGUGACAUUUCUCAAGCCGACGUGAAAGUGCACCACGCUGCGAAAGAAGAUGGCUGCUUCAUUUACUGCGACAAAAUAAACACAAGGAGCAGAAAUCAGUCCUGCACCAACCUCACUGGAACAGAGUGCGCCAGCGGGCUCUUCUACGAGACGGACCACGACGGGCACCGGGCCAUGUGCGGCGCCCUGGGCCGCGGCUGCGGAGCCAAUACCUCCACGGCCUGCGAGGCGUGGCGGCCCAUUUGCCGUGGGCUAGAUUCAAGUACGAGGCCGCGCGGCCAAAGUCCACGAAUGGUUCGCUCUGAAUCUGGUGCGAUGGAACCUGUUCAAUCGACGCCGACUCAGUCGACGCCGACUCAGUCGACUGAGUCGACUUUUGGGGGUGCGAACAAUCCAGUGCGGGCGGCGUUUGGCGGCGCAGCCCAGGACCAGCAGACGGGAGAUCAUAACGCAGCUGCUGGAUGCUCGAUCUUGGUGACACUGCUGGCAACAUCCUUCCUGUCUCUAAGCUUUAGUGCUGUCUGAGACGCUGGACAGAGACACGUCGAGCAAGAGGGCAAA